CACAGUAUCUAUCCCGUACUGCUAGACUGUUUGUUGUCAUUAAUAAUAAAGGGGGUUAAUAACGUAAAGACAAGGAUUCUCUGCUCAACAACCUCGUAUAGAAACGUCGAUGGUGUUCUAGCGUCCUACCUUGACAGGCUCGAGAUGCAUGGAUGGGGCAUGCUUUUUUUUUGGGCCUUUCUGCUGGCUCUGGGGGCUGGUGCGUCGUCUUGUGGUGAAUCUUACUGGGCUACGGAUUCUCCCCUACGGUUUCAGAUUUCCUGGAAAAGUGCCCCCCUUUUCCCGGGGAGCGAUGGGUCCAUUCGCGAUCAAGCGGUGAGAAACAUGCUGGCUGCGCCUCAAGUUGGGAUCCCAGAGCCCGUCAUGCACGGGGAUCUUCCAAUGUUCGGUAUCAAUGGCACGAUCUUCACCGACCGUCCCUGCACUCUCGGAGGAGAGCGUCGGCAACACAUCCGCUCGGUUUGGGAUCACGAAUAUGAUAGUGACGAUGCUGGUGAUGAUCAGGUCCCAGGGCUAUGGUACCCCUAA